GAGCGAGAGAGAGAGAGAGAGAGAGAGGGCACACAGAAGCACAAAACAAAAUAUCUAGAUUAAAGUGGGACUGUGGUGGGGGAAGAGGGUUUGAUGGAGACCCAGAUAUGAAUUGUUGAAAACUGUCCCUUUUAUUGUAUUGGAUUUAAACCUCUGUGUUGUGAGGGAGCAGAGAAAGGGAGAGAGUAUGGGUGAAGGAAUCAUGUCUUUUGCCAUGCUGAGAUCGAUGCCCAGCCGCUGCCUCUACCCAGAGAUCGGCAUGCUGUCAGAAGGAGAUGAGGAGGUGGACAGCGAUAGCUCGGGCUCAGAGACAUCUUUCAGCUUGGGACCAUACGGUGGAGGAGGAGGAGGAAAGAGGAAGAGGAAAGCCAGGGUCCCGGGAGUCAUUAGGCAGAGGCAAGCGGCGAAUGCCAGAGAGAGAGACAGGACCAACAGUGUCAACAUGGCGUUCACUGCCCUCCGGACCCUCAUCCCCACCGAGCCCGCCGACAGGAAGCUGUCCAAGAUCGAGACCCUGCGACUGGCGUCCAGUUACAUCUCACACCUGGGCAACGUGCUGCUGCUGGGGGAGGCCGGCGACGGACAACCCUGUCACACCAGCACCUCCACCUACUACCCCGGCACCAGGGUCACCGAGACGGAGAGCAGCCAGCCCAAGCAGAUCUGCACCUUCUGCCUGAGCAACCAAAGGAGGAUGAACAAAGACCGAGACAGAAAGAACACCAUUCGAAGUUAACAAAGACACGUGCAACGUGACCACCACGUUGCAAGCUCACAGCAGACUCAGAAGGGAAGACCAAUCAACCGUGCACCCACAGUAUGGAAGAAGACAACUCGAAACAUCGGCAGCACAAUGAAAGCUGAAUAGAACUAUGGGCCGUGCUAGACUCUAAUCACACAUUUAUAACGGGAAGGUACUGCAAAGGGGCUGCGAUAGACGAGGUCCGGACCUGCUCCUUGACCAAGAAAAGGUGCCGGUACACAAUGAUACGACCACACUGUUGAACUGCUUUUUCUUCAAAUAUAAAUACUGUUGAGUUGCUGCUGAAGGCGGGCACCAGGGAGAAAAUCCAAAAACAAGUGACAAAACUACAAAAGGUGGCUUUACGCAUCGAAACUGGAACACUCACUACACGAUUAACUUUGCGAUCAUACGUUGUUGGUUUGUGAUGUAAUAAAUGUAAUAUAAAAAUUCAAUUUUGUACAUAAAAUAAAAACAAAAACUCAA